UGGCGUUGAUUUGACUGAUUAUUAUCCAUCAAUUGAAUGGGAUAUAUUGUAUGCGCCAGCUGUUCGUCACGUUCUUUUGUAUCCAUGUUGUAAAGAUGACCCCUAUUUUGACGUUACAUUUUCACUUGUUAUUCGGCGUAAACCAUUAUUUUAUUUAGUUAAUCUUGUUAUACCGUGCGUGAACAUUGCAUUUCUUACUAUACUCGUUUUUUGUUUACCAUCGGAUUGCGGUGAAAAAUUGACGUUGUCCAUUAUGAUUUUUGUCGCAUUACAAGUGUUUUAUUUGUUGCUUGUUGAUCUCAUACCACCGACAUCACUCAAAAUUCCUCUGUUAGGAAAAUAUUUGUUAUUCACAUUGAUUUCUGUUAAUUUGUCACUAUUUAUUACAAUUAUAACGUUGAAUAUUCACUGGCGUCAUCCGAAUACCCAUCAUAUGCCAAAUUGGGUUAAAAGACUAUUUUUUGAAAUAAUGCCACCGUAUGUUUUUAUGAGUCGACCAACUAUAAGCGAUGCAUUGCUGGGAAAGCAAAAACCAAAUAAUGACGAUGAUGAUAGUGAUGAUAGUCGAAGCGGUGAUCUUCUAGCUUAUUUCGAAAUUUUAAAUGAACAAGAUAAAUAUCCAUCGGUUAUACAAGAAGCGAUUCGAGAUAUUAAAUAUAUUAGUGAAACAAAGCGUGAAGCAGAAAAGGAUGAUCUCGUAAGUUAA